AUGCUGGCUAAAGAUGGAGGAAGCUCUUUAGCCAAUAAAGUUGACCGACUCGUCCUCAAUCAGUCCAGACCAUCCAGCUCCUUCUCCAGCCCCUCCGACUCAGAGCGAAGUGGAGUGGAGCUAAGUCCCAAAGCCUCUCUGGGGCUCCAGAGGCCUAGAACCGCUAGAGGUCGGACCCCGUUAAAAACCCUUGACAAACCAGACAGAGAGAAUAAAGAGAGAGAGGAAGACGAUGAUAAGGAGAGUGAGUGGGAGGAGAUUCUUAGAGAACAAAAAGAGAAGGAGGGGGGGAGGAGGAAGGCUCAUCAGGAGGUAGAGGAGGAGAAAAAACAGUUGAUGGGGGAGAAAGAGAAGAGGAUGUGUCUCCUCCAGGAGGAGCUGCGUAGGGAGGAGGAGGAGGAGGAGAGGAUUCUGAAGGAGGAGAGUGAGGAAAGACUGAGGGCUCUGCGGCAGCGUCUCCUGUUAAAGAGGAGAGAGGAGGAGGCCAGGCUCACUGAGGAGUCUGACAGGAUGCUGGAGGAUACCAGAGAGUCUAUCCAGAGGGAGAGAGAGACACAUAAUCACAAGCUCAGGGAGGAGAGCGAAGCCAUCCUGGAAGAUUUGGAAAAAACUCUAGAGGAAGAGCGAGCAGCGGAGCGAGACAGGCUGGAAGCCCAGAAGAGGCAGGAUCUUGAACUCCUUAAGGCUGAGCAGGGAGAGGAGCUGGAAGCAGAGAGGACCGACUACCAACGAGAACUCACUGGCCGGCUCCAGGAAGUGCGGGAGGAAGAGCAGCGGGAUCAUGAGAGGAAGCUGGAGAAGCUGAGGGAAGACCACAAGAGAGAAAUGAACAACAUCAGAGAGAAAUACCUGGAUGAGGAGACCAUACAGAGAGAGCGCUUGCUGUCCACUCUGCAGGACGACAGAGAUCACCUCCAGGCCUCCCACGCUGUCCAGAUGGAGAAACUGAGGCUUCAGUUCAACACUCAGAUACGAAAGACGCAGCUCACACACUCACGCAAGGAGUCCGAAAUGCAGGAUCUGGCAGAUCAGUUGGAGCUGAAAGUCAAAGAGCUGAAGAGCCAGGAGAGCAUGCUGCAGAUCCAGGUAGUAGAUCUGAAGAGAAGGAGGAAGAACCUCAUAGAUGAAGGAGAGGAGGUGGACACAGAGAGAGAGGCCUUACCCCAGCUGAACCAGGAGAGAGACCAGCCAAAGGACGAGCUGGAGAGGAUGAGAGAGGAUAAACAGCAAGCCUUAGAACUCAUCCAGAGAGUCAGGGAGGAGCGGAGCGGGGCAAUCAUGGAAAAGGAGAGGCUGAGAGGAGAGAGGGAAAAAGCCAGAGACGAGAGCAGGAGAGUGAAGGAGGACAAGGAGAAACUGGAGAGCAAUGUGACGCUGCUGCAUGAGAGAUGCAACGGUCUCAGCCACAGAGUCAGUCUCAACGCCGUCUACAAUGCCCCCAUCAGCAGCGGGCUGAAGGCCUCUGAGGAUCUCCUCAACAGCCGGUGGAGCCAGAUUUUUCCUGGAGCAGCUGUGGACCCAGUUGCGUCCAGCACCAUGAGGACCAGCUCAGCCUACUCAACUUACACUCCUGUUAGUGAACAGAGUACCAGCCUGCGGUCCAUGCAGAAUUCAGCAGAGAUCGAUGGUCAGAGGCUGCAGGGAAUGAUCGACAGCAACAAGAGGUGGCUGGAGACGCAGAAGAAAGACCCCAGCAUACCUCUAUUGACUCCCUAUCAAGCUCCGUCCUCCAAGAGAAGCCUGGUCCAGCUGGGCAUGGACGAUACCAACCAGAUCAGAGUCUACCACUACUGA